UCUCAUGAUAAUGAUGAGGCUGAACAUCGGGCUACUUAGCAUUUUCUACGUGGUUACAAUUUCAGCUGGUGUUAAAGCAGUUUUCUUGAACAAGUAUGAACAGUUUAUUAGGGAUUGGGAUUUAGAUAACUUCUACGAAAAGGAGGAAUUCGAUACUGAUGAAUUCGAGAGAUUAUGGAAUGAAAAUUUUGCCGAUGAAGAAUAUAUCGAUCAAAAUGACGAGAAAUCACCUAAGGAAAACAUUACUACUAUUUCAUAUACCCCUGAGUCUAAUGCAAUUUUAUCUGCGACCCAACCAUCAACAAAUGUAACGGUACUAAAGCAGGAAGAAUUAUUUACUAAUAAUAAUACGAAUGCAAAUAGCAACAGUCCGCCAAUAGGAAAUGAUUCCAAGACGAUAGACGCUUCAACAGAUAUGUCUUUUGUUUCAACGCCUGUUAUGUUAGAUGACACCGACUCCAAAAUUCAGCAGAAGCAGUCCACCUAUUUUUCACGGAAUAUAUAUACUCGUAACACCACUGCUUCAACAGAAGUUCCAUCCUUAGCACCAACUUCUGUACCAACUAAUUCAUCCGAAAAGAUCCUUUACACGGCGACAUAUAGAAGUUACGUAUAUAUAACCUUGCCUUCUAUGAAAGCAGCAAAUAUUCAAAAUGAGAGUGAAAUUGUUUCAACCGCAUCUUCUGUUCCUGAAGACAAAUCCACAGAAAGUCCUACUGUUCUAACAGAAACGAAUUUGCAAGUAACAUCAAUGGAUGAAAUGCGUAAAGCCGUUCCCUCGCAGACAACUUACUUGCAAUCCUCGCUACUAGUACCAAAAUUUUCAAUAUAUCCCACGAUCAAAACGAUCAAACUGGAUGAUUCGACUACAGCUCCACUUGUAGGAACCACAGCAGACAUUAAUACAGAAACAAUAUCAUCUGGAGAGAUGAGAAAGAAUAUAUCCAUAACACUAGUUGUUGCAAUAGUGUUUCUGAGCACAGGUUUAACUGUUACUGUAUUUAUUGCUUAUAUAUUUCGAGUUAAAUGCAAAAAAAUCCACUCUGAUAUAAUAGCAUUGAUACCAUGAACUAGUGAUGCGCAGUCCAUGUAUCAUCCUUUUUUAAAGGAUUUAAAUGUUUAUUAAAGCAUCCCUGAGAA